UCUCUGUCCCCAGUUCAAACCAGAUUCUACUGGGAGCAAAUACUUCUGGCUGUGGCUCAAGUUCAUGAGAAAAGGAUAAUUCAUCUUGAUAUUAAACCAGAUAAUUUUCUUUUGGUUCAAGGAGUUCUCAAAAUUAUAGAUUUAGGAUUGGCAAAACUUCUUCCUCCAGGCAAAAAUUACAUAGAAUAUGCUAAACCUCUCCCCGGAACAUUUCUAUUCGUUGCUCCAGAGAACUUCCGUGAAAUGCUACCAAGUGGUAAAGUUAAGGAUCCAGAGGUUAGCUCAGAUGAUGAAGAUGUUGAAACCUGCCUCAGAAUUACACAAGCUGCAGAUGUUUGGAGCCUUGGUAUAUUAUUAUAUUCAAUAAUUUUCAAGGGAUCUCAUCCUUAUGGGUCUUUACCAGGAGGAAAAGGCAGUAGAGUUUCAGCAUUGAAAAGUUUUACACCGAUUCAAAUACCAGAAAUAGUAAACUAUCCUGGAGCUAGGAAGACAUUGUUACGAUGCCUUGAAAAGGAUCCUGCAAAAAGACCAACAGUUAAAGAACUUUUAGAAAUGGAUUUUCUCACAGGAACAUAUCUUUGUGUCUUACCUAAAAAGAAACCCUCAACUGCUUAAAGGAACUGUUAUUGUCAUAAAUAGGCAUGUCCGGUUCACAAUGAUACCCUCUAGAUCUUGUUCUGAUCAACAUUAUAGAAAAGUCACUUGAAAGUUCAUUCAUCAGGAGAAAAAGAAGAUGAUUAUCAGAAUUUAACACUUUCAAUUCAGUUCUUUUUUGCUCAGCUGGUGAUUCGAAAGACAAUGUUCACGAAAGACUGUAUAUAAAUUAUAAAUGCAAAUAGUUUCAUAUUAUAAUCAUGAUACAUAUAUUUUGAUAAAAGAAUAUACAUAGAUAUCGUA